GGAUGUGUAAAAAGUGAGCAUUUCUGUGAGACUCUCAUCUCUUUCUAUGAUACACCUCUCAAAAGUGAAAACAUGAAUCAUAAACUUCGGAGAGAUUUCCUGAGUUCAAAGUAUAGGGAUAGUGUGAAGGCGAGCAUUUUUGCGAGGCCCUCAUAG